UGAAGAGAAAGAGUAGCUUUCCCUCUCCCUCCCCAAGCUGUUCUUGGACUGGGGAAAAGUCAGACUCUCCUUUUGCCAGAGACUAAGGGAAGUGCAGCUGGGGGAUGAAGCAGAGGGCUCCGGGCUGGACUGGGAGGCUGAUCAGGAGUGUGGGGAGAGGGAGGAGGAGAGCGUGGGGGAGGAGGGGGAGGAUCUGCUAAUUACACAAAACAGCUCUGGGGGCUGCUGAAGUCCAGAAUGAAGCAAAGAGCGGCAGAAGCGAGUGCUGCAGUGGGAGCAGAGGAGGCACCGGCAGGAAUUCCCACCCGGGGAGAAUUCUGCAGCUCCAUUCCUUCUGGGGACUGAUUCUCCGGCACAGCCAGGAGGGGACUAUCUGGGCUUGACAGAAAGUCCUUCACCUGGGGAGGGAGAGCGCUGAGUAGCCAAUUAGAAGAGGCAGAAUCAUGGAAGAGCAGCACUAAAUUUGCCCCCUUUUUCUGCUGACUUGGAGCAAAGGAAGUUUGGAGCCAAGGAUAGUCUCUGGGAUGGAUGCUGGCAUUUAGACAUCUGAUCUGACUCAUUUUCCCUCCAGGAAGGGCAAGCAAUGGCUGCCAAAGGGGUGGAAUCCACACCCAUGCCCCCCGUAGCCCAGUCCAGGAUGGAGAACUUCAGGAAGGUCAAGACGUCGGAGCAGGAUAGCCCACUGCCCUUCUCUGACCUGCCCCCUGGUGUGGUGGAGAUGAAAGUGAAGGAGGGUAGCAAGAUCAGGAAUUUAAUGGGCUUUGCUAUGGCCAGGAUGGAGCUGAAGGGCACCCGGCAGAUAGUCUUCAGUGGCUGUGGUCGGGCAGUCACCAAGACCAUCACCUGUGUGGAGAUCAUGAAGAGGAAGCUGGGGGGCCUCCACCAGGUCACCAAGGUGCGUUACAAGACCCUGCUGGAGGUCUGGGAGAACAAGGACCCUCAGCCUGAUGGCCAAGUGGAGAACCUGACCGUCCACAAGAAUGUGCCCUCCAUCUGUAUCCUAUUAUCCAAGGACCCCCUGGAUCCCAAUGAGAUGGGCUACCAACCCCCGGAGCCCAGGGAUGGGCUGUGGGCUGAAGAUGGGGGAAUAGAGGACGAUAGAUUCAUUUCACCCCCACAAGGGGUGAAGAGACCUUUGGCACUUCCGCACGGGGAGCUGGCUAACAAGAAAAUGCAGGUACAGGUACCAGAGAGUCAAAAGGGCUUGGGGACUAUGGACUACAUGCUGGACUGUCAUCACUGACUCACCCCCACCCCGCAGAGAAAUAACCUAAGCCAUACGUAGUGUACAUAGAAAGGAGAUUAUAUAUUGAAGACACUCUAGAUUUUUAGAUGCUUUGUAAUCAAUAAAGGGACAAUGAAGCCAGUGCCUUGCUUGGUCAUGAGUACUGGUGAUCUCGCGUGUUGCGUAGCUUUCCCCACUAAGACUCUGAUUCGUAGACACUGCUGCUCCCCUCCACUUCCCCAUCCCCUCAACCUUUACUGCUCUUAGGGCUGAGGGCAGUGAUCAGCCCUGUUCUCAAGCUGCAGGGAGCUGGCUAAUUAGAAAAAAAACGUGAUUAGAGAGAUCAGUCCAGUGGAGGGGGCAGUAACGCACCAGGAGCAGCUCAUUUGCGUGAGGAAGAAUGGGGGUGGUUGUCACAUAACUGGGUGGGCACGAGGCUUUGCAUACGGUUAUGGGUGCCAGGUAAAGAACAGCUUCUCUGCCCAGAGAAACUUGCAAACUGAAAGGCACGAGAAGGCAGGGUCUGACAGAGUAUGCUGCAGGGUGUGGCAGUGUGUGGCCACUGAGGCUGGAAAGGGUUAAAGCCCAAUGAUCAUAUUAGCUGAUGCUGAGGUGAGAGAAGGGUCCUGCUGGGGCUGCUGACCUCAGGCUGUGUGUGUGUAUCCAUCUGUACAUCCAUUUCCCGAUCCCUCUCCAGAGAAAUGGACAUGUAAUAAUUUUAAUCUAAUAUCCCUACAGGCCAUAUAGGUGCAAUUUGAUCUGGGGGAGCUCUGAGGCUCUGACUGACUGUCAGUAGCACAGCGUGCAAUCUCCCCCAAAGGCUUCUCCGUUUCAAUAACUGCUCAUUCGAAUUGGGUAUGUAAUGCUCAAGAUCCAGGAAAAUCCACAGUGCCAAAACUUUUUCUUCCCUCACCUAGGCUGGGAUCUCCUGAUGAAGUGGGCUGUUACCCACGAAAG